AUGGCGCCCAUCCCCCAGACCAUGAACGGCGUCCAGAUCAGCCGCACCGGCGGCGUCGAGGUCCUCGAAUACCGCACCGACCUCCCCGUCCCCACCCUCGCCGAGGGCCAGGUCCUCGUCCGCAACGCCUACGCCGGCGUCAACUUCAUCGACACCUACUUCCGCACCGGCCUCUACAAGGCCCCGCUCCCCCUCACCCUCGGCCGCGAGGGCGCCGGCACCGUCGGUCGUCUUUCAUGGGCACCGUCGGCUCCUACGCCGCCUACUCCGCCGUCCCCCGCCGCCUCGCUCGUCCGCGUCCCCGACGCCGUCACCGACGACCAGGCCGCCGCCGUCCUGCUGCAGGGGCUGACGGCCUGGACCUUUGUCCGCGAGGCCGCCGAGGUCAAGCCCCGGCGAAUGCUCCGCGCCGUCGGCGCAAAGGUCAUCGGCGCCGCGAGCACCGACGCCAAGUGCGCCCUCGCCCGCGACAACGGCGCCGAGUGGACCGUCAACUCGUCCGAGCAGGACCUCGUCGCCGAGGUCGCCCGCAUCACCGCCGGCCACGGCGCCGACGUCGUCUUUGACGGCAUCGGCAAGGCCACCUUUGACAGCGACCUGCAGCUCGCGGCGCGCAAGGGCCGGCUGGUCAUCUUCGGCAACGCGUCCGGCGCCGUACCCCCCUUCGACAUCCUCAAGCUCGGUCAGAAGAACCUCAAGAUCAUGCGCCCCGUCGUCAACAACUACACCGCCACCCCGGACGAGCUGGCCAAGUACGCCGGCGAGCUGUUCGACAUGAUCACCUCGGGCAAGCUCAAGAUCGCCAUCCACAAGGUCUACCCCAUACAGGACGUCAAGUCGGCGCACACCGACAUCGAGAGCCGCAAGACGACGGGCAAGCUCAUCCUCAAGCACGAAUAG